AUGACUGACCCUAAGCGUGGGAACCAUGAAGAUUUCAACCAGAAACUCUGGUAUCGAAAGUUCAUUCGUGGAAUAAAACCACAGACAAAAGAGCCGUAUCCUGAUGAAGACACGCCCGCCACGCCUGAACAACUCAAUGCCGACUUCAUCGAUUAUUGGGGCAAACGCCUAAAGACCGAUGAGGCGUUCAGGAAGCACAACACGUACAAUGAGCUAAUGACCCAGUUUUGGAAUGAUCCAGACAUAAUCCUACAGACUUACGCCGUUGCAGACGGUCAAACAGUCCCAAGGAACAAACAGAAGUCAUGGUUUAGAUCCGAGCUUCGUUUCAUCUCCGUCAUAUUUCCCACUGAUGCAAACCAUAAGAAAGAUGGCAAGGCACCAAUCGGAUCUGUUUCGUGGGCGCCCUGGUUUGUGCUUAUAGCAGCCUCCUCUUUCAUCGACUCCAAAAAGGAUAUCCUCCACAUCAUGAGUUGGUCGCGUGAUGAUGGCCAAUUCAGGUACUAUGCUCGCGAUCUUAUCAUGAAUGAUGAAGCCAGAACUCAGCACGGCUGGGUAUAUCUCUGCUCUUCGAUGGAUGCUUUCGAUGCUCCAGGCAAGGCAUAUCUGGGUCCUCUAAAUGGUCAUGUCAAUGGAGGAAUCGUCAUGAAAGAGAUCCACAAGCCUUGGAUGCACUGGCUCGUUGGAGGUAGAGGAGUGACAGAUCUUCUUGGUGAAGAGCUCAUUCCAAAGCUUGAGAAGGCGAGCUGGCUCACUCAUCCUGGAUUCCCCCCUCUCUACGGUGCAAGUGUGCAAUCUGGUGAGACUUUCGAAAGAAUAGUGCUGGACUCUGUCAGAGUCUGGUUUACUAGCCGGCGGAACAAGGAUUUCUCGACGAAGAAAGGGGAGACUAAAACAUGCCCCGAUAACAUACAGCGUUGGGCAGCACAUUUUUUCCUGACGACCAACAUCAACAUCGCUGCUACAUCCAACAAUGCCAACAUUGUACCAUCAGAUCACUUCUUCAGCUAUGAAAUGCUUAGAGGAUACAGCGAUCUCCUGCCAAAUCGAAGUCUUGAUGACGACAAAUGGCUAGCUGCCCAUAUACUCAAGGAGACUCCAGCUGCAUUGACGGCCUGGAACGAAGAACAGUUCAAAAAGGACAAAAAUAAGUACCUGACUCAAGAGCAAUGGUUUAGAAGGUACUCCAUUUCAUCUUUCAAGUAUGACGGGCCGUCUUAUCUCUGGGCUUCGCGGGAACUCAAGCUCUGCACCUUACAGGAGGUGGCCAAUGUGAAAGACGCACAACUUGUUGUUCCAGCGAACAGCCUUUCCGGUGGGAUCUUCAUGGGAACUCUCGAAAAUGGCAAAGAGGAUAUUAAUGGAGGAGCCCCAGUCAACUUCGCCGUUCAGCAAUGGGGCGAAGGGGAUAAUCCUUGGGUUAUCCUUCAAAGCUCUGUGGAUGAUGCGCAUGGCGUAUGGACUGCUCAGAAGAUAUUCUUGGGAAAUGACAAAGACUCGGCACGAUGUCAACUCUCUUCCGAGAAAACCUUCAACGCCUUGCAGAUGGUUGACUUUUGGAAUCCGAUUUAUUCCUGGAGACGUCUCAAGUUGAUGCAGUACAUCCCCGUCGAGGCCGAACUCUUGGAUACGCCGACAACCGACCCAAUUACCGGUGAAUCUGUGUACAGUUACAGCCUCGAGAAAAACUUCAUCGAUGCUGUCCGGAAGAGGAUGGCCGACAAAGGGGACCUGGACAAACUUCAAGACGAAUGGCCAGGGGCUGAGUUCCUGUGCAACUUGGACAAACCCCUCAUUGAGCAUCAAAUUCGGAUUUCCAACUACACCAACAAAGUGGCGGAGAACUUGAACGAGGCGACCUGGAUUCUGGAGUAUUUGAAGCUUGCCGAGUCUCGACGACGCAUGUUUCGUCCGAUGCCAAUGAACUUUUUCGGCAGCAACAUUCCAUACUGCCUGGCCAUGCCGUUCAACGAUCCAUGGCUGGAGAUGACUGAACAGGCUUCCGUACGACAAAUUCCUGAACGGGGUGUUGACGUCUUGAAGGCCUGGCUGGGAUCGCUGGCUGGUAGCGAUCCAAAGGUUAUCCCCAAUCAGAGUCUUGGGGAUCUCAACAAACUCAUUAGUGACCGUGCCGAAAGUGGCGCAGAUAUCCGAACCGUGGGUUAA